ACACACCGUCCAAGAUCCUCAGACCCCUCUCGUCUUGGUUCUUCCAGCAAGAAGAACGGAUCGAUGGAGCAGGCGCGGUGGCCGGACGUGCCCCCGUGCUACCGCUUCACCCCGACCGCGCGGGAGCUCAUCCGCUACUACCUCAACCCUUGGGUGGUCAGCCCCGGCCAGACGCCGUUCGGCGAGCCCGAGGGCGUCGUGUGCGCCGCCGACGUCUACAGCGCGGACCCGGACACCCUCACGUCGCGGCUCCGGCGCUUCGGCCACGACGACGGCAACUGGUACUUCCUCUGCGUGGCCCGGUGGAAGGACGGCAACGCCGGCACCCGGAUGAGCCGCGCCGUCCAGGGCGGCGGCACGUGGCACGGCUCCGGGAAGCGGGUCGCCGUCCGCCGCCACGGGUACCGGCAGACCUUCGAGUACCGCGACGCCGGCGGCCGCAAGAGCGCCUGGCUCAUGGAGGAGUUCGGGAGCAGCCUGCCCGAGGCCACCGACGGCGAGGGCGUCAGGGUGAUCUGCAGGGUGCACCGCACGCCGAAGGCGGCGGCGGACGGCGACGGCUGGGAGGGACGCCAAGAAGAAACCGACGAGGCCCAGAUCCGGUCGUCCAAGAGGCAGCGAGGCACGCUGAACCAGGAGCAUGACUUCGCCGCCGCGGAUUACUGGACGACGGCGGCGCUAGCGCCGCCCGAUGCCGGGUGCUCCUACGCCAGCACGUCGCUGACUGCGCCGGAGAACGGGGCGGCAUCAACCACCACCUGGCAGCUGCAGCCCAUGAUGGAGCAAGGCGUGGGUUACCACCCUACCGGCAUCAAUGGCGACGAAGACAACAAGGGAGAGCCAGAGCCAUUGGAGAUGCUUCCCGCAGACAUGGGAUGGCAGCAAUUUGCAGAGAUGGGCCAUGGCUUUGGCUAUGCCGCUGAAGAUGCGCGGAUGAACGAAUGGAUGCGUAGUACCUUCUCAUCAUGCCCACAGCCAAGUGACAGUGCGGCGCAAGAGGGCGAUGAUCCUAGGGGCGAAGCGGGAGCAAGCUGAUGCGUUGCUGGGAGUUUGGCGUCCAUUGUUGUGGAGUUUUGUAGAAUUAUUACAUGAAUGAAUCAAUGAACGACUAGCUUAGUGUCGAUCCGAAGAUCCUACACUGAUGCAAUGUUUUUGUUAGUAUGUACUCGACUUUAUGGACGCGUUCAGCUCUGUUCAGCCAUGGAUGGUGGCAACAGAACAAUCAUGAGUGGUGCACUA